AUGAUUCUUCAGAAGAGAGGGUUACAGAAAAGAAAUGCAUCCAUUGGAGUAGUAGCCACUCUGUUUGGAGACAAGGAAGAUGUGAUGAAGCUGGAGGGAAAUAAUCUGAUGGAUUGUGGUGGAUCAGAAGUACCUGAUGAUGGUUUGUUGGAGAGGCACAGCUACAGCUUUGAUACCUCUCAGUCAAGGGCUCUUGCACUGGCCUUGAACAAGGAGAGGCCUGUCCUAGUUAUCCAAGGGCCUCCUGGAACAGGCAAGACUCGUUUACUUAGCUAUCUUAUCACAUGUGUUGUGCGCCGGGGUAAACGUGUUCUCGUGACAGCUCCAAGCAACGCAGCGAUUGAUAACAUAGUGGAGAGUUUAUCAAGAAGUGGACUGAACAUUGUACGAGUUGGAAAUCCUUCUAGGAUAUCUCCAUCUGUCACUUCAAUGUCCUUGGGAGAGAUUGUUACCAAGAGGCUUGAAAAAUUCACCCAAUAG